AAACUGCUAAAUGUUUUAUUAUUGAUUUCACCGAAACUGAUAUGGCUGAUGAUGAGGAUAAAAAUAUUAGUAUGAAAGAAGAUAUAGAAUGGCAUAUUUCUUUUCCUGAAUCUGGAAAAAAUGACAAAUGGUUUAAAGAGGAAUUGUUUUGA